AUGCGCCCUCCUCCACCACCCAGGACAGCCCUGCAGCCCGUGACUAACUGGAGUUCCUUUGCCGUCACGGGGAUCGGGGGAUGGACUCUGAUGCAGCUCAUGCUCCAGAGCGCCCCACGGGAUCAGGCGGAAACCAGGUCCAGCGGAGACCCUGUCUGUGCUCAGCCUCUUCCCCGCCCCAUCCAUGCCCCUUGCUCCUGUUCUCAGUGCUUCCUCCUUCAUCAGCUUGCUCUUGCUCGGGCGCCUCGCCCGCUUCGUACCGCCAGCCGCAGCCCAGACUCGCUGGGGUCGGGGCGCUGCCAGGAUGCCCUGCAGCAGCUCGCGCGCUGGAGCCCGCAGGUGCGCCCCGCCCCGCCCUCGCCGCGGCCCCGCCCCGGCGCCUGCGUCACAAUGACGCGCGUCCCGCGCAGGCGCAUCUCGGUCCCCCACCCCCUCCCCGCGGCCGCCUGCCCGCUUGGUAUUAUGAUUAGUGCUGGGUGCGGGGAUUCGGCGGCCGGGAGGGAGUUGGCGCCGCGGCCGCUGCGGACGGAAGCCCGCCUGCUUGCUGAGGUAGGGGCGAGCGUGCAGUGCAGCCGGGAGCGGCAGCCGUGGGAGGGGGACCGGCUGGCCGCCGCCGCCGCCGAGUGGCCUCAGCGGUUGCCGGGCUGGGCGCUGGGGCCCGAGCGCCCGCCGCAGGCGGAAAGUAAGUUGCGCUCUCCGCGCUCCCCGCGUCGCGGGCCCGGGAGGACGCGGGCCGCGGGCUGCGGCGGCCCGGACUCCGCGCGGCGGCCGUGCGGCCUGAUGGCCUGGCGGCAGGCAGCGGGCGGCGGUGGGGCCCGCACGGGAGCGGGCAUUGCGGCGGCCGGCCACGGGCGCCCCGAGGCCCUGCCCUUGCGGCCGCGGCGGGAUUGCGGCACCUCGGGAGGUGCCCGCAUCCCCGCGCCCCGCCCCGGAGCGGGCCGAGUGCGGCGCCCGCGGCUCCCCGCGCCCAGGUUCUCUCGUACGGUGUUUUCCUCACUAAAGGUGUUGUUCUUUUUCAAAAGAAUCUGGAGAUCUGGCGCAGCAAGGGGAUUUCUUGCUAAAACUGCAGCGGUACAAUAG